AUGGCGCACGUGCAGCAGGUCCACUUCAUUGUGUUGGCCAACUGGAACUAUCCAGGCGGAAACAACCUUGCCUAUGUGAUGCAGAAUGAUGUCCGAUUGAUGGAAGCAGCCCUUCGCCGGAAAUUUCUGAAUGCCCUGGCAGUCCACAACGGAGACCUUGUGAUCAUCUAUGUUGGGGGGCAUGGUGUGACUGCUGGCGGUGGAUCAGUUUCAGUGCUGCUUCCCAUUGACUUUCAGCGUGACCAGCCGCACCCUGAGCUGUGGGCCCCACAUGCUCGAUUGAAGACAAUCUUGGCAGUCUUCCAACAGUACAAUCAGGAUGGUCUCAAUCAUGUCAUUUGGAACAUUUGCCGUGAGCCUGCGCAGAACCUCACACUGUCACACAUGGAGAUUCCAGGCUACAACUAUUUCAUCAUGUUUGCCUGUGCUGACUCUCGCGUUUCCUACGUCGGCAACAACAUGGCAGACGUGAAUGGGGAUGGACAGCCGUAUGUUCAGGUCUCUAAUCUUCCAAAGGCAUAUGAUGAAGCCUUGCAACCAUCACCUGAUCUUCGAUCACUUUCAGACUCUGUGAGGGCGAGGGCCUCCGGGAUGCGUCAACCUCCAGCAACCCCACAAAUUGUCCAAGCUGUGGACACAUUGAUGCCUCCUGAGGGGGGUACCUUUGGCUUUUGGGGUCCAAUUGCGUCUUGGAUGUGGAGCAAUGUGGUGAGGCCAGUGGCUCAUGCCGGCUUAGAUGCUGCCCAACACGUCGCCAACAAUGUGGUCCAGCAAGGUCAUCGCGCUGUCGACGCCUUUGCUUUUGCUCCUGCCCCUCCUGCCGCCCCUCCUGCCUGGGGAGCAUUGCAGGACGGUCUCUACAUCAUCAGAGCCAGGGGCGGCGCCAACGAAAGGAGGAUCUUGUGUUGCGCAGAUGAUGGGGAACGGGUUGAUCUUUGGCAUGAAGUGGAUCGCAGCGGCAGGCAGGUAUGGCGGGUGACUAGCGCCGGGCGCUUUUUCACAGUUGAAGUCCUUGCUGGCACAGGGGAGAGGAGGUACCUCAGUUGCCACGAGGAUGGAGAGACGGUUGAUCUGUGGACACAUGAUGAUGCCUCUGGUCGCCAGCGUUGGACAUUGCAGCGGAAUCUCAAUGGCUCCUGGAAGAUUCAGAUUGUCGAGGGCGUGAAUGGCGACAGGAAAUACCUCAACUGUACCCACGAUGGAAAGAAAUGUGACCUUUGGCAUGUGGAUGAUGAAUCAGGCCGGCAGCAUUGGAUCUUGGAGCCUGCAAGGAACAACAUGAUCAUUGCGACGUUGAAAACUUCCGCAGCAGAUUUGGUCACACAGUGCGUGAUCGAGCGCAAGUCCCUGAAAGAAGUGGAUUGGAAGCGGAAUAUGGUCUUUUGUCUCUUUGGCGCUGUAUACUUGGGAGCCUUCCAGUACUGGUACCAGGUCAAUGUUUUCAAGCGGAUGUUCACAGGUGUAGAGAAGUUCACCACACAGCCCUGGGCGGCGAAGUUGCGCGAUGGUCCUGGGCUUAUGGCCCUGGGCGCCCAAACAGCCCUGGACCUUGGCAUGCUGACUUGUGUCUACCUGCCCACUUUUUACGUCUUCAAGGCAGGUGUCUUCAGUGGCAGCUUGGAUCCCACUGUUUGGGCCAGCACCGGCAUUGGAAACUACACCAAAAACAUCAGCAAGGAUGCCUACGACGUCUUCCGCGUUUGGGGCCCUGCCGACCUCGUGUGCUUCUCUGUACCUUUGUGGCUGCGACUCCCGGUACGUCACGUCGUCUCCUUCGUUUGGACGGCCUACCUCUCCUUUGCCCGCGGCGCCAACAAGUGA